AUGACUGAAUCAUUAUUCGACACCAAAUUCACCUCCGAGCUGCUCUCGGCUGGAAACGAAGCCGCUCCCGUGGUUUCUACACCCCAAAAUGACCCUCCUGCUACCCCCAUCGGACAAGACGAAAAGGUGUCCACCAGCUUGCCGAGCGUCGAAGAUAUGUCCAAUGCAUCUGCAUUGAUCAACUACAGAGUUCUUGUGUCUGCCAAAGAAGCCGGAUGCUUAAUUGGUCAGAAUGGUCAGGUUAUUGACUCGAUAAGACAAGAGACGAACACCAAAGCUGGCAUAUCCAGAUUGCAACCAGGAUCUCAUGAACGAAUUCUUACUGUCAGUGGCACUUUGGACGAUGCAGCCAGAGCAUUGAGUUAUUUUGCCCAAGCGUUGUGUAACGCCAACACAGAGACGUUUUCCACCUAUAGCUACUUCCCAUUGAAGCAAUUGUCGCUGACCCCAUGUGUCGAAGGAGAAACCACCAUCUUACGCUUAUUGAUCCCCAAUGCCCAGAUGGGUACUCUCAUUGGAUCCAAGGGUGUAAGAAUCCAACAGAUACAGGCCAACUUCCACAUUUCCAUGAUUGCAUCCAAGUCGUUCCUUCCUGGGUCCAACGAACGAUUGGUGGAGUUACAAGGUACAGUGAACGAUUUGUACGACACUUUGCGGGUGAUUUCCAGAUGUCUUAUCGAAGACUUUUCAUCCAUAGUAACCACCAGUUAUUACAUCCCCCGCGGUGGAAACACCACUAAAUAUCGUGGUACCGACCGUCGCUCCAGUCUGCCAGGAAUCAGCACCACCCUCUACUUUCCCAACGAAAUUGUUGGUGCUUUGAUUGGUAAAAACGGAUCUAGGAUCCAGGGUGUCCGCAAGGUCAGUGGUGCCUCCAUUGGCAUAUCUGAAGAGGUCGAUGGUAAAACCGAGCGAGAGUUCACAAUCAGCGGUAGCUCACAUGCGGUAGAAAAGGCCAAAGACUUAUUAUACCACAACUUGGAAAGAGAAGAACAAAGAAGAGCAGAGGCUGCCAAUACCGCUGAAUAG